AUGUCAGUUCCUACUGACCAAGUCAGGGAGCGCAUCGCUCAGGCGAAGGCUCGCCUUAAACAACAGAUUGCCCAACAGCGCGCCAAUCAAUUACAACUUUCAGAAGAAACUCCUGAAAAACCGGGAAGCUCAUUUCUUCCUACUUUGCAUAUAGAAGAGCAGUCCGCAUCGGAACUACCUGCUCAGCAAGAUUCGUCUUUUUCGAAGUCUGCAAUGCAUUCGAGUGGCCGGAAAACAAUGCCUGCUUGGAGAAUGGCACAAAUCGACGAGAUUUCCAAAAGGAGAUCGGGGAUCAGUGUUGGAGCCUGCAGAUCGGCCUCGGAUAGCAUUAACACAAAAACGCAGGUACUCCUCGAUCGGUUUCGCUCCUCUCUCAAAAAGACAACAGCCCCGGUGGAAAUUUCCGAAGAUACCAAUGGCGCCAGAAAUUUUAUUGAAAAAACGGCAGCCAGUGAUGGCAUUCUGGAUGAAUCUCGGGCUCCAUGCGCUCUGCAUUUUGUUUCUGGAUGCAAAUCUUGCGCCGCUGCAUCGCCAACUACAGAGAACGUUACACAGGCAGAGGCCGAACAUGGUUGGCAAUCGCAUCUUCUCUUUUUCGAAAAAGAAGCCGGUGAGCGCCAGUUAAAGACAGACGCAGAGAACCUGCUUGUAAUCGAUCCGCGAGAGCGGAUGGCUACCUUACAGCCAGUUUCAAAGCGAACUCGAAAGUAG